AACCCCCACCAUCAGAAUGGCCGAGUGGCCCGACUUUAUCACCCGGUCGUUCAAAUCAGCAGUUGCGAGCGAUCCUGCUGGCACAAACGAAUCUGUAUUCUAUGGUCCAUAUACUCGUCUCCUCUAUAAUCUGUUCUCUUUCGAUGGCCCGUACGAGCUCCUGCCGCAGUACAAAAUCCAAGGUGAUAGUACCAACGUCACCAUAAUUUUCGUUAUAGCAUUCCAACGGCGUCCGGUCUUCUGGAUGGAAGUGAAUCCCUCUGCCUCCUUCCGCUUCAGUUCUAAACGCAAAGAGGCGGAUAGCCAGAUGAGGAAGCGUGUUGGGGACUUGCGAGCAAACUUGGCCAUACCAGUUUUGCACGGCGUUAGUGCGUUUGGCACUCGCUUGUGCUUCUACAAAUACGACGCUCACUCGCAAGAGUUGACGCCACAUCGGAUUCUGGCACAUCCGACUGUUGUUACAGACAUGCUGGCCGAUAACUGGGACUGCGAUGUCCUGGAAACCGAUGGGAUGCAACGCUUGGAAAAAGUUAUAGAGGAAGUCCAGGAGAUGUGUGCUCGGAUCUGAUAGGUUAUGUCCAUUCCAGUUGUUUUCUGUUAUUUACAGCAUUUCUACAAUCAUCUUUCGCUGUUGGGGUUUUCAUCUAUGCUUCAUCGAUCCACUUCAGUUUUAUGUCCAUGAAUCGAUGGACUGCAUGAGCUCUCGGCCCUUUGCACCUGUUGUCGCCCAGCACACCACACAACUGAGCCGUCUGCAUCUCACA